UCAAUUUACAAGAUCUGUGGCAUCGGAAAGGGCAAGCAGCUAAUUUCGUACGAGUCCUUAAAGUCCUCCGCAGGCAACGAAUAGGAGCGAAUGAGUCAAAUUGACCCAAUGCCGGCUUCAAAUCACUCGUAUGCGGCAUUCCGUGGAACAAAGCGACCGCACGACUCAAACGACCCGCCACUCGGACAACUACUUGGACCAGCGAACAACAAAUGCGAGUGGCCAAGCCAUAAAGGACGGUCUACCCACACGAACGGUCAAUGUGCGAAGCAGAACAACGAAGUGUUCAAAGCAUUCAAGGCGGGUAGAAAACUCCCCGGGAGCUCGAAACCAAUGACUUCCGGUGCGAACAGAGACGCUGUUCAUCCAGGACGGCGUUCAUACCUAGCGGGUAUGGAUGAUUUAGUAACAAAUAACGGCGACCCUCAGAUUGAGCGGGUCGUACAAUUCACUAGUUCAUCAUUCACUACAAAGGAAUGACUAUCCGACCUCGCGUCUGGAGUCGCAUCAGAACACAUUGCUGCGGGUGCACUUCACCCUACAUACCCUUCAAUAUCGAAUCAAUUAUUC